GCAGGAAGUCGGGGCAGGCGGCGCGGAGACCCGCUUAGAGCAUUCGGCGCGCUGAGACCUUACGGCUUAUCCUCGCGCUUGGUGUGUGCGGCACCCUCUGCUUCUUUCCCGGGCAGCGCUAUCCGGCGGUCAGGAAGUCACCAUGUCUAUCCUCAAGGUGCAUGCCAGAGAGAUCUUCGACUCUCGUGGGAAUCCCACCGUUGAGGUGGACCUCUAUACCUCCAAAGGUCUCUUCAGAGCCGCUGUGCCCAGUGGUGCCUCAACUGGUAUCUACGAGGCCCUCGAGCUCCGCGACAAUGACAAGACACGCUACAUGGGCAAAGGUGUCUCCAGACCCGUUAAGUAUAUUAAUGAGUUCCUGGCACCAGCCUUGUGCACACAGAAACUGAGCGUUGUGGAGCAGGAGAAGAUUGACAAACUGAUGAUCGAGAUGGACGGGACAGAAAAUAAAUCUAAAUUUGGUGCAAACGCCAUCCUGGGAGUGUCCCUGGCAGUCUGCAAGGCGGGGGCCGUUGAGAAGGGGGUGCCUCUGUACCGGCACAUUGCCGACCUGGCUGGCAACGCUGAAGUCAUCCUGCCGGUUCCGGCUUUCAACGUCAUCAAUGGCGGUUCUCACGCCGGCAACAAGCUGGCCAUGCAAGAGUUCAUGAUCCUCCCCGUUGGUGCCGCCAACUUCAGGGAAGCUAUGCGCAUCGGUGCGGAGGUUUACCACAACCUGAAGAACGUCAUCAAGGAGAAAUACGGAAAAGACGCCACCAACGUGGGGGAUGAAGGCGGCUUUGCCCCUAACAUCCUGGAGAACAAAGAAGCUCUGGAGCUGCUGAAGAAUGCCAUCGGGAAAGCCGGCUACACCGACAAGGUCGUCAUCGGCAUGGACGUGGCCGCUUCUGAGUUCUUCAGGUCGGGGAAGUAUGACCUGGACUUCAAGUCUCCCGAUGACCCCAGCAGGUACAUCACACCCGACGAGCUGGCCAACCUGUACAAGUCCUUCAUCAGGGACUACCCAGUGGUGUCCAUCGAAGAUCCCUUCGACCAGGAUGACUGGGAAGCUUGGCAGAAGUUCACUGCCAGCGCCGGCAUCCAGGUGGUGGGGGAUGAUCUCACCGUGACCAACCCGAAGCGGAUUUCCAAGGCCGUGAACGAGAGGUCGUGCAACUGCCUCCUGCUCAAAGUGAACCAGAUCGGCUCCGUGACCGAGUCCCUCCAGGCGUGCAAGCUGGCCCAGUCCAACGGGUGGGGCGUCAUGGUGUCGCAUCGCUCCGGGGAGACCGAGGAUACCUUCAUUGCUGACCUGGUGGUGGGACUUUGCACUGGGCAGAUCAAGACAGGUGCACCUUGCCGUUCUGAGCGCCUGGCCAAGUACAACCAGAUCCUCAGAAUUGAAGAGGAACUGGGUGGCAAGGCCAAGUUUGCCGGCAGAAGCUUCAGAAACCCCCUCGCCAAGUAAGCUCCGGGCGACACACCCCGAGCUCUGCGGUCCUGAGUCGGCUCAUUAGAUCUCUGCUUCUGGCGUCCCCCGGGCACCUCGAGGCCCCCAGCCGGAGCCUCUGCUAGUCAAAUGCCCUCUCCCUUCCUGUGAUGUUCUCACUGCUCCUUAGAACCGCUGCAGAAGCCAGGCUUGACCAUCUGGAACCCUGCUGGAAAUCCUAGCUCUAUAAUCAUGUGAUUGGCCCAGAUCAGUGUUUUCUCACCUCACUUCCCACCAAGUGUCUGGAGCUGAGUCUGUGUAUGUUGUAAUCACGAGGUGUCCACAGCGAGAUCCCCAGUGGUUUUGUUUGCAGAAUAAAAAGGCCUCAGUGACCCAUA